AUGCGAGGAAUUUUUGCGAUGUUUAAUAGUCUGACCAAAACAUUGUUAUUGUUUUUUGGCCAGUUAAUACUUUUUCAUUACUUUUUUUCAACCAUAUCUUUGAGAUGUGUGUACUUAAAUAAUGUUUCAAUCCUACAUUUAAAGGCAAGCAAUUUUAAUUUAAACGAAAGCCCUCAACUUGAAACGGAUGACCCGCAGUUAUCUGGCUUGCUUGAGGAGUACCAAAGGUUAAGCACAAUUAGCAUAGAUCAGGAUGAAGAAUAUACAGAAAUUUCAAUAAUAAUGAGUCGAGAUUCCAUAGUAGAGCUUCUUUACACCAUAGAUAUGGCUAGAUCCGUUCUCAGUGAUUGGACUACAAAAUUUGAGCGUUUACAUCUGGGCCGUAGUUGUUUAGAUUUCAUCCGAGAUAUGAUUAGAAUAUGCCAAGGGAAAAGAUACAAAAAUUGUCCUCUUUGCAGAAAUAUUAUGACGAAUUAUUCGAAAGUAAAGAAGAUUAGUAGGGACUAUGAUAAAUUUAUGGAGAAGUUGGAUCAUUUAAAUAUUAGGCUGUUGGGCAUACGCGCUAAAACACAAUCUUAUAUAAAAGCAGAACAUGAAUAUGUAACGGUUCAAAAAGAAGAUAAAGACGUGGCUUUAAAAUUGUGUGAAUAUGUCCGUAGGUACUUUGCUUUUGAUAUAGAUGGUUUAUACAAUUUAUUUGAAAGAUACAAUUCACUUUAUUGUAAUACUUUAACUUUGUAUAUGGUAAAGGACAAACUAAUUACUUAUAAACCUUCAGUUUCUUUUAAAGGCAGAACUAAGCACACUAGUAGUAGUAGGCGGUUUUCAAGAAAAAGGUCGAUUUCAGUAAGAAAUGAGGCCUUUCCUCUAAAACAAAGAAGUAAUAGGCGGAAGUCUUCAAAGUCUAGAACAUCUUCUUCAUCGCCAGAAACAAAGGGUUACUUGAAACCUACAAUUAGCUAUAUUAACAAAAUUAAAAGCAAAAAAUCUGAGUAG